CAUCUUCAAGUGCAUGUGAACCACAAUUCUCCUCUUUGUUUUUUUGCUUGACUCUCAAAAAAGAGAUAAUUGCUGUAGAAUCCAGUGAUCCAGUAGGAAAGGCCCGACCUUCCUGUGCAAAAUAUGAGGCUUAACUUUGGCUAAAAAGACCCAUACAUACUUAAUCUCUUUCUGUGUUCCUCCAGUUAUACAGACAGCUGCAUAUUUUGUACAUAUUGAGAGAGAGAAAUGAGUAAGAUGGGUUUGUUACAUGGGACUUCAACGGCAUUAAUCUGCAGUUGCUUCUCCUUAAAACCACCUCUUCUUUUCAGCUCAACUUCUGCGCUUACAAUUUAUCUAUUGUCCAGAAUAUCAGCGUACUAAAUUCUCAGAGAUUGUCGUUGUCAUUUGUGAAAGACGGGGGCUGUAAAGUGUCCUGCAGCAAAGUGAAGAUGGAAGAUACUUUGAACGACGAAGCUUGUGAACUAGUAAACGGGGUGGAGCUUUCCUUGGGUGAGGGAACUGAUAGCAUCAAUGCAUAUCUGUGCACAGCAGUGAAGAAUAAUAAUGGGACAGGCGUAUUGCUCUUGUCAGAUAUCUUUGGAUUUGAGGACUCAGCAACUAGAGACUUCGCGUAUCGGGUUGCUUGCAAUGGCUACAAUGUUCUUGUGCCUGAUCUAUUUCGUGGUGAUCCAUGGGAAAAGGGACGACCACAAACUUCGUUUGAACCAUGGCUUGCUAAUCAGUCCCCUGAAAGGGUUGCUAAGGACAUAGAUACAUGGAUUAGAUGGAUGGUUGAUGAAUUUGUAGCUGCAGGAAUCUCAAAGAAGCUUGGUGUCCUGGGAUUUUGCUUCGGAGGAGGUCGAGUUCUUGAUGUGUUAGCACGAGAUCAGGGUGCUUGUUUUGGAAUUGGGGUCUCAUUCUAUGGCACGCGAAUUGAUCCCAAUGUGGCUGCAAGUGUCAAGGUACCAGUUCUGUUUAUUGCCGGUGACAAUGACCCACUCUGUCCGGUCAGUGGCUUGCAAGAAAUUGAGAAGAACAUUGUCGAAGGAUCUAAAGUGGUAAUUUACAAGGGAAGAGGUCAUGGCUUUGCUCAUCGACCUCAGUCUGCAGAAGAAGAUGCAGAUGCCGAUGAGGCAUUCACAGUUAUGAGAAAUUGGUUGUACAAUGGCUUGGUUUUGGUCCAGUAGAUGCUUUCUAUAAUUCUUUUAGUGUUGUAAAAUACUGGCAAUUAUAAACACUAACUAUGGAGGUAGAGAGCAGAGAAAUAAAAACAAAGCAGUAAAGAAAACAAGCUGCUUGAGGUGCA